AUGUCUUUUCUCAAUGAGAACGAAAAUUGGCGUGGCCUUACAAAAAAGACUGAACUGAUCCAAUCAAAUGUACAGGGUCGACCCAAGAAACGAGGAAAAUAUCUGACACCAUGUCCUGAUAUACAAAUAAUACGCCAGCGGCCAAAAUUCAGUUUAAAUUUGCCUCUACUCGUAAAUGGUAACAGUUUGGGCCCUGCAAAAAUCGGCAAACAAUUUAUUGCUGUGCGGAACACAUGUGCAUUCGACUCCAUCGUGCAAAGUAUGCUAACAGCAUAUCACGAUUUCGCUACGUAUUACCAACACAUCACAGAGUCAAAGAAUGCCAUACAUGAUUUUGUAGAGGCGUUGUCGAAGUCUGGUGUAAGUUCGAAAUUAUACAACGAACGAUGUGUAAUUUUAAAACACACAUCAGAAAUAAAAAAUGGAGUGUUGGAUUGCGAAAUCAACGUCGCUACUUUAAUAGAGUUACAUAUUUUACCGAACACUCCAUCACUUGAGAUAAAAAUUAAUUGCAAUGAUUGUCAAUACGAAAAAAUAAGCAUCAUCCCAGUCCUUGAACUCAAUCCAGAUCCCAUUUUCAAAGAAGCCAUGAGGGGCCUACAGGAAGCUGUAUGUAAGUCUGUAGAACAUUACGUGUCUAAAACUCGAAACGAGUGUUGUUUUUGUAAAGGAACUAAUAUUACUAAGACGUUUGCUGGAGGAAGCCACAUUUUCCUCAAUCUCGAAGCGGCCGAAAUUGGGCUGCUUGCCGCACGGCGUGGUCUAGCGAAUUGUAGGAAACAAUUCACUCUUUCGGAAAUCCCUGGAAAUUUGAACUAUUGCGAUCGUCAGUACAAAAUGGUUUCAGCGAUCAUUUUCGUCGCAGGGCAUUACUACGCAUGUAUAAAACGAGCGACUGGCAGGUGGGAAGAGCAUAACGAUCUAUGUUCUUCGCAAAAAGUAAUGACGAUUACCAAACGGGAUGUACUAAAACAACGUCGAACACCUUUGCUAUUUUACGUCCGAAUU